GUGGCUGUGUCACAUGAUUAACGUGUAAACAUGGCUUCCCACUUAUCUUAUGGCCGCGUCAAUCUCAAUAUUUUGAGAGAAGCUGCAAGGAAGGAACUGCGCGAGUUUCUGGAUAAAUGUGCAGGAAGCAAGGCCAUCGUAUGGGACGAGUACCUGACUGGACCAUUUGGAUUAAUAGCUCAGUAUUCAUUAUUGAAGGAACAUGAAGUGGAAAAGAUGUUUACGCUCAAAGCAGGGCGCGUGCCGCCGGCUGAUGUCAAGAACAUUAUCUUCUUCGUGCGUCCAAAGCUGGAGUUGAUGGACAUCGUCGCGGAGAAUGUAAUGAGCGAGGACAAGCUACAGCCACAACGCGAGUUCCACAUCCUGUUCGUCCCCCGGCGCAGUCUGCUCUGUGAGCAGCGGCUGAAGGAGCAAGGUGUCCUCAACUCCUUUACCAAUAUAGACGAGUACAUCCUGGAUCUCAUCCCCUACGACGGAGACCUGCUCUCUAUGGAGUCCGAAAGUGCGUUCAGGGAGUGUUGUCUUGAGAAUGACCAGACGAGUCUUUAUCACACUGCUAAAGGUUUAAUGACCAUGCAGGCACUCUAUGGUACCAUCCCUCAGAUCUUUGGCAAAGGAGAAUGUGCCAGGCACGUAGCCAACAUGAUGCUGCGGAUGAAAAGGGAGUUCGCCGGCAGUCAGAAUCAAAUCCUGCCCGUGUUCGACACGCUUUUGUUAUUGGACCGGAAUGUGGACCUGCUCACGCCGUUAGCGACACAGCUCACGUACGAAGGGCUCAUCGAUGAGAUCUAUGGCAUCACGAAUGGUCACGUGAAGCUUCCUCCAGAGAAGUUUGCACAGAAGAAGACUGGUGAAGGAGGUAAAGAUCUGCCCACUGAUCCCAAAAAGCUGCAGCUCAACUCUGCCGAAGAGCUGUACGCCGAGAUCCGUGACAAGAACUUCAACGCUGUCGGAGCAGCGCUCAGCAAGAAGGCCAAGAUCAUCUCCGCCGCGUUCGAGGAGCGUCACAACGCAAAGACCGUAGGAGAGAUCAAACAGUUUGUAUCCCAGCUGCCCCACAUGCAGGCUGCUCGCACCUCGCUGGCCAAUCACACGUCUAUUGCGGAGCUCAUCAAAGACAUCACCACCUCCGAAGUCUUUUUUGACAGCUUGACAGUGGAGCAAGAGUUUAUGACUGGCGUGGAUACAGACAAGAUUAACACUUAUAUAGAGGACUGCAUAGCACAGAAGGAUCCGCUGCUCAAGAUCCUCCGGCUGGUCUGCAUGCAGUCUGUCUGCAAUAAUGGCCUGAAGCAGAAAGUUCUUGAUUUCUACAAGAGAGAGAUCCUGCAGACGUAUGGAUACGAGCACAUUCUUACCCUCAACAACUUGGAGAAGGUCGGUUUACUCAAGCCGCAGACCACCACAAGGAACAACUAUCCCACCAUCCGGAAAACGCUCAAGCUCUGGAUGGAGGACGCAAACGAACAGAAUCCCAACGACAUCUCGUAUGUGUACAGCGGUUACGCUCCUCUUAGCGUGAGGCUCACGCAGGUUCUGGCUCGGCCGGGCUGGAGGAGCAUUGAGGAAGUGUUGAAAAUGCUGCCUGGGCCACACUUCGAGGAGAGGCAGCAGCUUCCACCUGGUCUCCAUAAGAAACGUCAGCAGGGCGAGAACCGGACGACGCUGGUGUUCUUUCUCGGGGGGGUGACGUACGCCGAAAUCGCUGCGCUCCGCUUUCUGUCCCAGAUGGAGGACGGCGGGACGGAGUACAUCAUCGCCACCACCAAACUCAUCAACGGCACCAGCUGGAUCAAAUCUCUGAUGGACCGUCCCGCCGAACCAACACCCUGAACACGUCCCGAUGAGCCGUUUCGAGACGUGCGAAUGUAACGUGCAGACCUUCUUGUCUUUUAAAUAAACUCCCUUUUCUGCCAACUGCAAUUCCCAGUGCGCCCUUAUAGAAUGAAAUUGCAAUAAUGUUUCGAUGACUAAGUGCGACACUCGUUUCUGUGUAUUUUUUUUUUUUUUCCCGCUUUUUUCCUUCUGUGUGAACUGUUCUGAGAAGAAAAGGAAGUGCACAGUUACAUAAAAUAGAACAAAGCUGUGAGAAGUUUCCAGUUCAGUUCUGAUCUCAGAAGUUUGUUCAUGUGGAAAACAUUCCUGUAGGUGGAUCCUGCGAUCUGAUCCGGAAUAAAAGGAAUUUUUGUUGAGAA